AUGGACGGCGGAGGAGUAUUAAUAGCUGUAUUGCGAAACAUUCCAUCCGCUCGUGUUGAGCGAUGGGAAAGUAACUGUGAAGAUUUAUGGGUAUCGGUACAAACAAAAAUUGCCAUUUGCGCGGUAUAUUUACCUUCACCAGUUAAAUCAGAUACUUUGACAUAUUUCCUUGACAAAGUUGAUAACAUUACGAACCAACCCAAUAACGUUCUAAUUAUGGGCAAUUUUAAUCUAGGAUUCAUUAACUGGAGUAGAGAUCAUAUUGCUCAAAUGGUUCCAUCUAAUUAUAAUAGUACUCUCGGAUGCGGUCUUGUUGAUUUCAUGUAUCUUAACAACUUUAGUCAAUUUAACAACAUACCAAACAGUGACGCAAGAUACUUAGAUCUCAUUAUGAGCAACUUUCCCGGUGUUGAUGUCUCGGAGCCUCUAGAACUCUAG